AUGUGGUGGGCUUCUGGAUCGGCACCUGCCAAGCCUUCCUGUAGGAAGAUACUGCGUCAAGACUAUCGACUGUACCGCCGGCUAUCGAUCUACCGCAAGCGACCGCUGCAGAUCGUGUCCGUGUGGAAUACGGUGCUGAUCGUGACCCAGGAGUACGUUUCCAACCACUGCCCUCAGCAUGAGUCCGGUUUGACCAACGGCGAAGAAUGCAAAGUUAUUUGGUCCGCUCCACAGACUUUUAUCGUGGCAUUCAGCGGUCUGCAGUUACUGGCGCUUACCGCUUUCUACGUGCCUGCCUUCGUGAAAUUGAUUGGGAUUGCCUGUCGAGCGGAACUUAGGCACAGGUUCGAAACGAGAUCGGCUAGGUUAAAAACCUUGGAGAUUCGUCCGCAAUUGACGAUCGAGGAUCGCCUAAUGCAGUGUGCCGAACAGGUCUAGGAGAUCCAACGAGUAAACAAAAAGUUAAGACAAACGGCGAAAAAGUUGGGGAUCAAUGAUGAUGUCGAAUGUUUAAUAAACAAAUAACAACAUUGUUUGUAUAUUUCCAUACAAAAAUACGAUAAUAAACGUAUACAAUUUCUGUAAA